CCGUAUUCAAAAAUAACCGUCCAGCCAAACAACAACAACAAGCAACGCGGCGCUGCAUUGUACCUGUUCCGUGAAAAUAGCGUUUUGUUCUGUUUCCCUAGAAGUGACUUGAUUGAUUGCCGUUCGUCAGAGAAUGUCUAAGCAAAGUGGCAAAGAAGCAGACAAGAUCAUUACGUACGGAACGCCCACAUUGAACGAUUGGAAAAUUUAUCUGCGGAAUUUGCACCAAAAUCCGAACCAAAACAUGGCAACUCCCGACUCAUCGUCGUCCGAAUCGUCGUUCGAGCUGGAGGAAAGCUUCAAAGCUCUACUGGACCGCAAACGACGUGAAAUGCAGAACAAGGUGACCGAUGAGCGGAUGCAAGAUGAAGAUUCCGACGUAGCAACGCGAGCGGCGCCCGAACCGGGAAAACAGUUCAUCGGUAACGAUUCAACGUUCCUCGAGCAGGACUCGAUCAGCAAGCUGUCCGACACUAGCUUCGAGGAAAUGGAACGAAUAUGUGCCGUGCUGGAUAAGGUGAAUGGAUUCGAUACGAGCGUCAAAGUGCAAGCGGAUAUCGCUAAGCCGCCAGCACCGGCGAUGCUGUCCCAACCGAGCACAUUCGGUGACGUCACUCAGCUCGAUGAUAUCGACGAACCGUCCGGUUUGUGGGAAAAUACAAUUUUACCCGUUGGUGCUGCUGCUCUAUCGCCGGUAAAGCGUAUGCAUUUGCUUAGACCAUCAACAAUUUUGGAAGAAUCAACCAUGUCAGGUCCGACUUCUAAGAACUCUUCCAUCGAAACAUUCGUCUCGGCUAAGCAGGCGACGGGAGAGGGAGAAUCAGUGAACGUAAAUUCCGCCACCAGCGCUAGCGAAGUGUACCGGACGGCACAGGAUACGUUCGAUACGGACUCAUACGCACGCAGCAGCAUUUUGGAUAUGGAUUCCGGAGUAACGAGCGACAUGACUGCGGCCGAUAAUCGUACCAAUACCUACGAGCAGCGUGGCGAAGAAGAGUCCGGGUACAGCAAAGAUUCUACCAGAGAGGCGGACUCGUUGCAAGAGGAACAGAACGUAAUCGUUUUGGACAGCAGUGAAAGUGAGGUAGAAGAUGAACCAGGUACGGAAUACAUUAAGGAAGGACAUGAAACGCUGGGAAACACAUACCCAUUGGAUUCGUUGGCCAGCGAGCGAGAUGAAAGUUUGCUAGAGCGUGAACCACCUUCACUGCUUUACGAUGGCCACGAAGAAAGCACACAGAACUGCUCCGAUGAACUUUCCGUGAUGGAUGAAAUGCCCGAUCGCUUCAACGACACGCUAGAGGAGACGGACUUUAUGCUUAAACAAGGCUUGAAGCUGAUGGCUUUGAAGAAACAGCAGCAAGAGGAGCAGGAGCGUCGAGCGCAACAGGAGGAACGUAUGCACGAAAAGCAGCAACCUGUAAAAUCUCGCACAAAUUCCGGAUCCGACGAUGGAUACCGUCCGCUGCUGCACACUCCUUCCGAUAAGAAUGCGAAGCAAGCGGCACAGUUAGGGUCACAUCUGUCCUAUCUGACGCCUACGAGUGGCAUGAGCUCCCGACUGAAUGUUCCCAACGGAAGUCACGGUGGCUUCAAGCAGGCACUAUUUUCCAGCGCAGGUAAAAACAGUGCCACGAAGAAUCCACCAAUCGGCGCUGCUGGUGCAGGGUCGACCGGUUCCUUCAAGAAGCCGGUCAGCCGUUUGCCUCAUUUGAAAGUGACGGGACGAAAGUUUGAUCACAUCGUAUCGCCCAUCGGGGCGUACAUCAAGAAAACGCCCCAGAGCAUGCUGCAGACAAAGAUCAACUGCCCCAACAAGAAUCUGAUCGAUGUGCUGCACAGCGAAAACCGGGACAGUGCCGUAAGCACCGGCAGCAGCCAGGGCUGCAAGGAGAAUCAGGGCAUUAAUCUUAAGGGAUACACUUCCUCACUGCCCGGCAAGGGCGUCAUCAGUUCAAAUCGUGCCCACGUGCUGGAUGAAAGGAACGUUGUGCGGAUUCCGGGCGGAGAGAAGAUGCAGAAGCUGAUCAACAGUUCGCCCACGAUGGUCAUUCGUCACGAAGGACGAAUUAAGUAUGCCGAACAAGGGGCAGGCGGUGAGCGUAUGCUCGCGCCGCACAACAUAAGCGCGAUGACGGACGACAGUUUGGCCGAUCUGUCCGUGCUUUCGAGCGAUGUAUCCGUGCGCGUGCUGAAGGAUGCAAAGCGCUACAAUUGAACUAAUUUCUUCCCCCUUUUUGGUACUACGAUCAGAUGUUAUAGCAGGUAUUUUAAUGGAAUAAACUGAUGGUUUUUUUUGCUGCUAUCCCCAUA